AUGUACACACAUGCUAUCAGGUCGUGGCGAUUGCUUGGUCACAGCAGACGCUCUCUAUGUCCUUUACCCUCAUUGAAGGGAUUUACUCUUGAGCUCCUGGAAGUGUCCUACGUAUGCACGCAUGCUGCAGCCGUCAGAUCCGCCUGGACCGCUGUUGCAGGGAGAGGCUGGCUCGUUGGCAGUGAAAGCUACAGCACUCUGGGGUUGUUUUGGAGGACACUGCUUUCAAGGUGCCUGUUUGUCCCUUUAAAGAGGAGGAGGAACUAUCGGGGCACUUCUCCAGUUGCACCAGCAAACGAAAUGCCUCAUCCAAAAACGCUAGACAUGGGUUCUGCUUUCAUCCAAACACAGCAGCUCAAUGCUGCCAUGGCCGAUACUUUCCUAGAACACAUGUGCCUGCUGGACAUCGACUCUGAGCCCACCACUGCAAGAAACACCGGCAUCAUCUGCACCAUCGGGCCGGCCUCUCGUUCUGUGGAUACUCUGAAGGAGAUGAUCAAGUCUGGAAUGAACAUUGCUCGCUUGAACUUCUCUCACGGCACACAUGAGUACCAUGCAGGUACUAUCAAGAAUGUGCGUGAGGCAUGUGAGAGCUUUGAGCCCGGCAGUAUUCAGUACAGGCCCAUCGGCAUCGCCCUAGACACCAAGGGCCCUGAGAUCAGGACUGGCCUCAUCCAGGGAAGCGGCACAGCUGAGGUAGAGCUUCAGAAAGGCAACAUGAUCAAGAUCACACUGGAUGAUUCUUAUCAAGAGAACUGCAGUGAUGAGAUCCUCUGGCUCGACUACAAGAACAUUACCAAGGUGGUGGAAGUUGGCAGCAAGAUCUACAUUGAUGACGGACUUAUUUCCCUGCAGGUCAAAGAGAUUGGCUCCAAUUUCCUCAACUGUGAGAUUGAGAAUGGUGGCACCCUGGGCAGCAAGAAGGGAGUGAACCUCCCUGGUGCUGCUGUCGAUCUGCCAGCUGUUUCAGAGAAGGACAUCCAGGACCUGAAGUUUGGUGUGGAGCAAGGAGUCGAUAUGGUCUUUGCCUCCUUUAUCCGCAAAGCAGCUGAUGUACAUGCUGUCAGAGCAGUGCUGGGAGAGAAAGGCAAAAACAUCAAGAUCAUCAGCAAACUCGAGAACCAUGAGGGUGUACGCAGAUUUGAUGAGAUCAUGGAGGCUAGUGAUGGCAUUAUGGUUGCACGUGGUGACCUGGGAAUCGAGAUCCCAACAGAAAAGGUCUUCCUGGCCCAAAAGAUGAUGAUUGGUCGAUGCAAUCGAGCUGGAAAGCCAAUCACAUGUGCCACCCAGAUGUUGGAGAGCAUGAUCAAGAAGCCCAGACCUACCCGGGCUGAGGGCAGUGACGUAGCAAACGCUGUGUUGGACGGCGCAGACUGCAUCAUGCUGAGUGGGGAGACUGCCAAGGGAGAUUACCCUCUGGAGGCAGUGCGCACACAGCACAUGAUUGCUCGUGAAGCCGAGGCAGCCAUGUUCCACCGGCAGGUGUUUGAGGAUCUGCGCCGCUCCACGCCACACUGCAGCGACCCCGCUGAGGCAAUUGCAAUUGGCGCUGUUGAGGCCUCCUUUAAGAGCUUAGCUUCUGGGAUCAUUGUGCUCACUGGCUCUGGAAGAUCUGCCCACCUGCUCUCCAGGUACAGGCCCCGUGCACCCAUUAUCGCCGUCACCCGUAACGCUCAGACAGCUCGCCAGGCUCACCUGUGGCGUGGCAUCUUCCCUGUUCUGUACACCAAGCCCCCCCACGAUGUGUGGGCUGAGGACGUUGACAUGCGUGUCAACUUUGCCAUGGAUAUGGGCAAAGCCAGAGGCUUUUUCAAAGAGGGAGAUGUUGUUAUCAUCCUGACCGGCUGGCGCCCUGGCUCUGGUUACACCAACACCAUGCGUGUGGUUCUGGUGGCCUGAACAGUCAGCGUAGCUGCUCCGCCUCCUCUCUCCACCUUCAUUUUUAUUUCAUAGCGCUCCACCCCAUGCUUCUCUCCAGCUUACAGCCCUUUUCAUCCAAGACGUAGGCUCACAGACUCAACUGCUAAAGAAUUUAGCAUUUAGCCAAUAACUCAAAGAAUUUGAUCAUUAUGGAGUGUAGCCUUCAUGGCCAGAGAGCUGUUGUUGGGAAAAGCGAGGGAUUGUUCCAUGCUAUUCCAAUUUAUGUCUCCAUUCCUUUCACAUAGAUUCUUUCAGUCCGGUCUUCAGGUUCUCAGAUUAAUACACCCUGACCAGUAACUGCUGUAUUUAUUCACUCAAACACUUAACAAUGUUAAAAGUGAACCACACAAUGAGUGAAUACAUUCUGGUCUGUGUGCAUGCGUGUACCGGCUCUUGAUUUGGGGCGAGUGGAAGGGCAGGUGGAUUUUCACAGAGCACCUUUAGUACUGUAACACUUAACACUCCUCUGCCGGUAUUUUGAACAAACUUGUGACAUCCUAAAUCCAAAAGGGCUCGUCUAACAGUGCAGCCUUUGCUCCACCUCUCCACCCAAACAGAGCCUUGUGUAGUGCUGUCUGUAUGAAGUGUCCUCUCUUAAAAGCCAGAUUUCACAGUGUUUAUGUAUAGCUGUCAGUGUUGCACUCCUUAUCUGCUCCAGACAAUGUUACAUUCAAUAUUAUACUUGACUUCUCUGAAAGGUAAAAUUUUGUCUUGGGACAUCCAAUACUACUUAUAUUUUGUCUGACUUUAGAGAAAUGUUAGUUUUGGAUGUCCUCUUCAGAGCUAGUUACUGUGUUUGUGUUAUUAGGUGUCAUAAGUCUUUAGGUCUAUUUGCAUUUGGAUCAUAUUUAAGUUAGCGCUUAUAUGAAUCGGGUAUGGUUCACUAAUGUUGACUGAUGUGAAUGAGCACUUUUAGGAUUUUGUUCUUGCAAGGGACCUGAUGAAGGGGCGAAGCUCUGUCCUUCACAACCCCAGUGGGUGAGGGGCCACACCCUCUGCUUGUAUUACUCCUUCUGUGUUGAUUACCCACUGUAGCUUUCUUCAUGUGUCUAACAUGCUUUGGAUUGUAACGCUAGAGUGUAAGAACUAACUAUAUGUAAAGGGGAUAAAUAAUGAGAAGCUGGUGUACUGAGCAUCUUAAAAGAUGGGAUUUCCAUCAAUAAAAGAGAUAAGCACUGA